CGGUAAGCACGGUCUGUGAGUGGCUGUUUGUGCACGUGAAAUGACUUACAGCUGCAGCUCGCGUUUUAAAAACAGCGCGAGGAGUUAGUGAUGUUCCUGACCUCCUGACAUGAAGUGAUGUCAGAAAGCACAAUGAUGUCACAGAUCAAAAGGACGUUUUCUCUUUUAAACCAGCGAGCCUGCUCCAGAUCCAGCUUCUUCACAGACUCUGACAGUGCAGGAUUGGUCCUCCAGUCUCACUCCACCGAUGUGUACCAGAAUCUGGCUCUGGAGGACUGGAUUGACGCCAACGUAGAACUGCAGGGGCGUGGCAUCUUGCUGCUAUGGAGGAAUCGGCCCGCCGUUGUCAUCGGGCGCCACCAGAACCCUUGGACCGAGUGCACCCUGCCGGUCAUGAGGAGACCGGGCAUCCCUCUGGCUCGCAGGCGGAGCGGCGGUGGGACGGUCUUCCAUGACCUGGGCAACCUCAACCUGACCUUUUUCACUUCCAAGAAGGCGUACGAUCGGCAGAGGAACCUGAAGGUGGUCACAGACACACUGAGGCGCCUCCGGCCCGGACUGGACGUCCAGGCCACCGACAGGUUUGACAUCUUACUAAACGGACGAUACAAGAUCUCAGGCACCGCAUCCAGACUGAGCAGGAAGUCGUCGUACCAUCACUGCACACUGCUUCACUCUGCCGAUCGCUCCGCCCUCUCCUCUGUGCUCCGCCCUUCCUGCCCCGGCAUCCAAAGCAAUGCCACUCCCAGCGUCCCCUCGCCUGUUGCCAACCUCCUAGACCAUGCCCCCUCCCUGCAAUGGGAGAAGCUCCUGGGUGCUCUGGUGCAGCAGUAUAACACAGAGUUUGGCCUGCACUCUGCGUUGACCGUCAUAGACCCAACUAACGAGUCCAUGUUUCCUGGUGUCGGUGAGAUGGAGAUGGAGCUGCGGAGCUGGGACUGGACAUUUGGGAAGACGCCUAAGUUCACCAUGGAGACGCAGCUGGAGCUGACGAAUGAGCAGCCGCCCGCUCGCUGCUCUGCUCGCUUGCAAAUGGAGGUGAAGAACGGGCAAAUCGAGAGCUGCCACUUGGACGUCCCUGUGGAGUGGGUCCCCGUGCAGCUAAGCAGCGAGCUAAGCAGUGUGCUGAUUGGAGAGAGGUUCUGUCCACAUCGAGCCGCCGCUGCCUUCAGCGCACUGCUACGCUCAGAGAGCGGGGCAACGCACACACGACUGCACCGCCUGUGUGAUGCCAUGCUCACUGUGAUGGGCUGAGACGAGGCAAAUAUGAAACACAAGUGAGAGGCUGCAGGCCACAUUACAGCCGGUUAAAACCUUAGAAAUGGAGGAGAUGUCUGUAUGUCUGAUGGGCAGAUCAUCUGAGCCAAAAAACUAAUCAAUUAAUAAAGGAAAUGAUCGUCACAGCUGAGAGGUUUUCCUGGAACAGACAUUUACGGACAUCUGAGUUUUCAUUUUUUUACCCUCUUGAGUGAACAGAGCUGCUUUUUCACUUCAUUUGAAAUGCUUGAAAGGAGCUGCUGUAAUUUAGUCACAGCUGUGAAAACUGUUCAUGAAAAUUCACACAGGUUAUUAUUUUCUAUAUUUUAUUUGGUAAAAUACAAAAACAACUACAACAAAAAUACAAAAACUCAUAUGUUAUUAUCGCCUUCAUUUUUCUCAUCAGCUAAUGCUUUUUUCUUUAUAAAUGCAUAAAACUACAUUUGAAAAGGUUUUCAUACAGCAAAACAAGAUCUAAAAGAGGCCUAAACAUUUAACUUUAACAUAACUUUAGUAUUUAACAUCUAAAUAUUUAGACGAAAACACAAUUGUUUUAGGAAAUUCACAAAAACAAUAAAUCAAACAGUUUUUAAGCACACAAAUCAAAACAUACAGGUAAAAAUGAAUUUACUGUAACCUUCUCCGUUAACUUUAAUUAUUUUAUUAUUAUUAUUUUAUUAAGCAUGUACUGUAAAAUAACACCUAACUCUCCCGAUAAAUGUGCCAGCACUGUUAUCGUAUAUAUUCAUUUUCUUAAAUAAAUAUUUAAAUGCAA